CAGACGUCUCCUUGAAAAAACCGCGCACCCUCGCCCAUGUUCUGUCGACUCCAGCAAUAACAUUUCUUUACAGCAAUGACUGUAGAUCUCAAUGAAAUCAAUGAAGUCCUUCUUCCUCGGCGUUACCAGGAGGAAAUCUUCGCGCGAGCUCAAGAAAGAAAUGUUAUCGCUGCGCUCGAUACUGGCAGUGGAAAGACCUAUAUUAGCACCCUUCUAAUCAAAUGGAUUGUGACCUUGAAUGCUGGUCGAGGCAAGAUUAUCGUAUUCCUGGUCCCUAAAGUCGCCUUGGUCGAACAGCAAGGCGACUUUAUUGCAAGGGAAACGACUUUACGUGUCAGCAAAUGCUACGGCGCCACCGCAAUCGAUCUCGCAGAUAGGCGAAGCUGGAAGAAAGAGAUCGAAAGCCACGAUGUACUUGUAAUGACCGUCAAUGCACCCCCGUUCUAUGUCGAAACAAUUCGGCCUUUCAUCUUUCCUGGGACUGGCGAUUGAGUGGUCUUGCUGCCACUCGCGAGUUACACCCUUACUUAAAGCUCGAUCACAUAGGUUGAGCUUGUAACUUUUUCUUUGGACCCCAUACGGUUGCCGUUGUCAAUCUCUCGACUUGAUUGCCGGAUGGCCGCUAGCAUGUCUUCUUGCGACAAUUGCUAUUAACGAGAAUAUAGAUAAUGUCCAGAACAUGGGUCUUAUGUGCUUUCUCUCGAGCAACAUUUGAAGGUCAUUGACUUCGUGAAUGUCCUUCUUAUGAUGCUAGAAACAUGUGCGGCACGAUAUGUUUUGGAAAAUCUGACUUCUCGCUAGUAGCCAUUCUCGCGAAUCACCUUUGCUGUUGUGGACUUUACUCAAGCUUUUGCAACAGCCCAGAUCUUUCUCAAUAUUCUUACCCAUUCGUUAUGGAGUAUGGACAAGGUCGCGCUAAUGGUCUUUGACGAAUGCCAUCAUACGAGGAAGAAUCAUGCGUACAAUGGCAUUAUGCGAGAAUACUUUCAGAUUCCUGCUGAACACAGGCCAAGAGUAUUCGGCAUGACCGCGUCACCCAUCUGGAAUCCAAGAGAUGCUGUCGAAUCGCUUGCGACAUUGGAACGAAAUCUGGAUGCGAAAGUGAUUGCGGUCCGAGAGCAUGUUGACGAAUUGAUGGAUCAUUCCCCGAAACCGCAGGAGAUUGUCGAUGAAUACGACAAUCCCCCGGAUGUCUAUCCUCUUUAUGCACCCAUCACGCUAUGGGAAUGUUUGAACCUGGAAGAACUUCCCAUAGAACUCGGGUUCCCGGUGAGCAAGAUCAAGACCAGAUACGAAGUGACCUACAACAGUCUGGGGCUGUUCGGCGCCGAACUUUUCCUGUAUAUCGAUACCAAACACCGCAUCGCCCAAAUCAUGUAUCAAGCCGAAGAGGAGGCGGAAUACCCACUAAUGCACAUGGACAAUGACCACGAUAUACCAUCACACAUAGAUAUCAAACUCGCACCAGAACUCCAACACCUCAGCGAUAUUCUCUUCCAAUUCCGACACUACUUCGAGGAUGAAGCCAACCCCGACAUUGUCCCGAUUCGUGUACAGCUUCAAUGGUGCUCACCCAAGGUCAGGCGUCUCGCUGAUUUGCUGUUCCAGCAUUAUACCCGAGACUUCCAGGGCAUAGUAUUCGUAGAACAGCGUCACGUCGCUGCAUGCCUAUCUCGAAUCCUACCGCGUAUCCCUCAACUGGAGUCCUACAUUCAAAGCGCUCAGCUGAUUGGUCAUGGCGCAAGCAAUCUCUCAAAGUCGCAAGUCAGAGGAAUGGCCCUCAAGACACAACAGGACGUCGUGAAGAUGUUCCGUGAUGGUGAAGUAAAUUUACUUGUCGCCACUUCCGUCGCCGAAGAAGGACUUGAUUUCCCGGCAUGCGAACUUGUCAUUCGUUUCGAUCCAAUCCAACACAUGGUUGGAUACAUCCAAUCCCGGGGUCGUGCCCGCCAGAAGACAGCGACGUUCAUUGUCAUGAUUCAGCAAGGACAAGCUAUGCAUGCGGAACGAUAUCGAGCAUUCUCUGAGACGGAACCCGAGUUGAGGCGUGUGUAUCAGACUCGCGACGAUCGCAAGGAGGCUCAACCAGAAGAUGAUGAAGAAGGCUUCGAAGAUCCCGAUGACCUCGCAGAACGAGAACGUUUCGUCGUACCAUCCACCAACGCCGUGCUCACCUAUAAUACCGCAAUCGGCCUCUUGAACCAUCUGUGUUCGCUUAUUCCCCGCGAUCGUUUUACCCCUGUCCAUGUCCCCCAAUACUCUGGGGACUUCGAAUCCGUUUUGCAACUGCCCUCAAGUCUUCCAUUACCUCCUGAGCACCUUAUAUUCACUGGACCACCGAAACGGUCCAAGAAAGAGGCCAAGCGUGCAGUCGCAUUUCUGGCGGUGAAACGACUCCAUGCUCUGAACGUAUUUGAUGAUUACCUGCUCCCUGCGAAAGCUCACAGUGGCGAUAACGAGGACGCCGAUGGUCGUCCCAUUGGCGACGUUAGCACUAUACCCGAUACUAUGGACGUCAUGGUCAAAGACCCGUGGACGAGAGGCAAGGCCCAAUGGGUCCAUACCAUCUACAUGGAUGGGCAAGCGACUGCCGGUCUGGUCACCGGAUCACCUCUUCCCUCAGUUGACGUCGUCUGUGACGGGAAAUACGUCUCUCUCGGUGAGCCGCGGGCGGUUGACUUCGACCCAGGCGAGGACUGGAGGUUGCGGCGAGUCAUGGAAGACUUCAUGAGGAUGGGUCUAUGGUGGUGCAUCACUGGCAGAGGUAUAGCUCUCCCACUGACGUGUUACCUGGUCCCCAUGACACAUGCAGAGAUGAUCGAUUGGGAUACUAUGGAGCAAGCCGUUCUACAACCUCAUGGGUCAUUCGAUUGGUCGAAUAUCACUGAAGAGCACUACGAUCGCCUCUUGAUUAUGUGUAGCAGAGAACAUGGUCGACCUUUGCUUCUUCGUCGCAUUAGGACUGACCUUUCUCCUAUGUCUGCACCUCCGUCGGAGGGCGCUCGCGAAUCAGGUUACGCAACGUAUCGGGACUACUUCCGACGCAGAUAUACUAGGCAAGGGAUUGUUCCUGAUAUCCCUGCGACGGGGCCGUGUGUCGAAGCCCAACCAUGCCCUCGGCAAGCGUCCAGCAUCUAUUUGCUGGACGGUUCCCAUAGGAGCAAAUCCACAUCUACUCCCAGCACGGUAGUCAUGAUACAAAAGAUGUGUCGUUGGCUCCCGUUCUCUUACGCACUCUACUGUACAUUCCGCCUCUUGCCAGAGCUCUGUCAACGCGUCACGGAUGUGUACCGCGCUCGAAUGGCUCGAUUUGACCUCGGGCUUCCUCCGGUUCAUGACGAUGUCAUGGUUCAGGCACUGACUCUUCCCAGUGCAGAUGCCGGCUUCAACAACCAGCGAUUAGAAACCCUUGGGGAUGCCGUGUUGAAACUGACCAGUGUUGUACACUUGUUCAACAAGUUUCCUCAUCGUCAUGAAGGUCAACUUGACGUUUUGCGACGUAAUUCCGUAUCAAAUCGUACCCUCCUAGCUCGCGCGAAGGAACAUGGUCUUGAACAUUACUUGACUUGUGAACCCCGAUCCAUGCGUGUUUGGAGAUUCACCCUCCCAGAAGAUCAAUAUGAUCAUCCCGAACGAGCGCCUCGCCAAACUCUGCGACGGUUCCCAAGAAGAAGUCUUCAAGACUGUAUGGAAGCCACCCUUGGUGCCAGUUUUGUGACAGGUGGCAUCGAUAUGGCCUUGCUUUCAGGAGCGGUGCUGGGUCUCAGUAUGGGUGGGCCUUUACCUUGGACACUGAGAUAUCCACUUCGUCCUGAAGCUCCGGUGUCGCCCUUGUUCGCCGACCUUCAGGAAGCACUGGGCUAUCAAUUCCGUUGUGGCAUGCUCUUGCUCGAGGCUGUCACCCAUCCAUCUUUCAAGUCCGCAGAUUGUACUUCAUAUCAACGUCUCGAAUGGGUCGGCGAUGCCCUCAUAGAUUUAGUCGUCAUGCGAUACCUUUACAGGAAAUACCCUACCGCCACUUCAGGCCAAUUAUCAUGGGCUCGGUCUAAGGCAGUGUGUGCUCCUGCACUUGCAUAUGUCGCUGUCAAACACCUUCAAUUGCACAAGGUGCUACUCGUCAAUAACGUAGAAUUGAGCAUGGCGAUCGGUCGAUACGUGCCGAUUCUAGAGCAGACUACAGGCGACGAUAUCACCAUCAAUGGGUGGAAGCAAGAUCCUCCUAAGGCCAUCAGUGACGUAUUGGAAAGCGUUCUGGGAGCGGUUUUCGUGGACAGUGGAUACAACUUUGAGAAAACUUCAGUGGUUGCAGAGACUGUCCUCCGAGAACUCCUUAUAACACUCAAACCCGAUAUGCCGAAGGAUCCUGUCUCUACCCUGAUGGUCUGGUCCGCUCGGUCAGGAUGUCGCAAGAUCAGCUUUAGAAAGUCGCAGAGUCGACCAGAGAUGCGACGAAACGACUGCGUGUCUAUAAUCGUUCACGACUUCGCAGUUGUUGGUCCUAUCUCUGCGGCCAAUUUAUCUCUUGCGAAGGGUCUUGCGUCCGAGCGAGCACGUCAAGUCCUUGAAGAUCCGGAUAGCCAGUAUCUGCUAUCAAAGAUAUGCGACUGCAACGAAAAGAUGGCUGUUGACGAAACUGUCCCUGAGAUUGUUGUUGAUGUAAUUGAGCGCAAACUAGACGAUGAGACGGAGGAAGGCUUCGCGGCUCUGGCGAAGAUUGCUGUUAGCGAAGUGGAGGGACAUACUGAUGGUGUUGAGAUACCCAAAGAAGACGAAGUGGAGGAAGAGGAUGAUAGCCCCCUCCCAGUAGGAAGUCCAGAAAAUGCAGAAGAGAUGCCAGCCGUAGAGAAUGGCGCGUCUGACAUGCAGCUGGAGCCUUGAAGUAAGGCAAGUCUCCCGAGUUCCAAGUGUUGUGUUUCAGGUAAGAUCUGCUAGUCUCGUUGUCAGUUUUCUCGCCUAUGUCGGAUUGUUAUGCCUCUGUGAUCAUCAUGAUGUUCAGAUGUGUCUUCUGUACCAAAUGCUACUCAGCUCUAACGCCCGAUGUUAUCCUGUACUUGUACUUGUAGUUACGAAACUCUUAUGUACCAUCUAAACUUUGAAAUGUACGUACCUUCUUACAAGGGUAAGGGGACAUUGUUAUAUUUGCUUCCUCAUGGUUUGAUUUAGA